AUGCUACUGGCCAGAGAUGGACCAGGGAAGGGCCAGGUCAGGGGCGGGCAGGGGAAGGCCAGGUCAGGGGCAGGGCCAGCUUACUUUCCAAAAGCGUACUGUGGCCACUGCAGUGAAAGGAUAUGGGGGCUGGGGAGGCAGGGCUACAAGUGUAUCAACUGCAAACUGCUGGUCCAUAAGCGCUGUCACAAACUCGUCCCUCUGACCUGCCAAAGGCAUAUGGAUCCAGUCAUGCCAUCACAGGAGCCCCCUUUAGAUGAGAAGAGUGAAGAGGUGGACCUCCCCCCUGAACACACAGAGGAUACAGAUGGAAUAACUUUCCUACCACACAGUCGCAAAGUGGACAAAGUGGAAGAGGACUCGAAGGACAUCAAAGCGGUGGUGGGCGGGAUCGACGGUAUCAAGAUCUCYCAGGAGAUGGCGCUAGGCCUGGGGGACUUUGACCUGAUCCGGGUGAUCGGCCGCGGCAGCUACGCCAAGGUGCUGCUGGUGCGACUCAAGAAGAAUGAACAGAUCUACGCCAUGAAGGUGGUCAAGAAGGAACUGGUGCACGACGAUGAGGACAUCGACUGGGUGCAGACAGAGAAGCAUGUGUUUGAGCAGGCGUCUACCAAUCCGUUUUUAGUGGGCCUUCACUCAUGCUUUCAGACAGAGAGCCGGUUAUUUCUCGUGAUCGAGUACGUCAACGGAGGGGAUCUGAUGUUUCAUAUGCAACGGCAACGGAAACUACCAGAAGAACAUGCGAGAUUCUAUGCUGCUGAAAUUUGUAUCGCUCUGAAUUUCCUGCACGAAAAUGGAAUCAUCUACCGAGAUUUGAAACUGGACAACGUCCUCUUGGAUCACGAGGGACACAUCAAGCUCACAGACUACGGGAUGUGCAAGGAGGGCAUCAGACCUGGAGACACCACCAGUACAUUCUGUGGAACCCCCAACUACAUCGGCCCUGAGAUCCUCAGAGGGGAAGACUAUGGGUUCAGUGUUGACUGGUGGGCGUUAGGCGUGCUUAUGUUUGAGAUGAUGGCCGGGAGGUCCCCUUUCGACAUCAUCACCGACAAUCCUGACAUGAAUACCGAGGAGUACCUCUUCCAAGGGGGUGACCAGCCUUAUGUCACCACCCUGACCAGUGCCAACCUCACCCUGGGCAACCCUGGCACACAUGCCAACCCCCAGAACCAUAGACUGACAUACAGAGUGCAGCACGUGACUGAAGCGGUCACAGAGCAGAGCACCCUCCUCAUCCCCCUUUCCACCCCCUCGCUCCUACGCAGCAGACACGGGCACCCACGGGCAGGCCAGAUGGACCCCAAAGAGCGUCUGGGUUGCCAGGUCCAAACGGGCUUCGCUGACAUCAAGUCGCACACGUUUUUCCGCAGUAUAGACUGGGACCAGCUGGAGAAGAAACAGAUGGCCCCGCCCUUCAAGCCCCAGAUCACAGACUACGGCCUAGAGAACUUCGACACCCAGUUCACCAACGAACCAGUGCAGCUGACGCCAGACGAUGAGUGA